AAACAUAUUUUCAUGAAAUUGAUUGUUUCGAAACAAAUUUAUAAAUGAAUAAAAAUUAUAAUGGAACAUUCUUUUUAAAAGGAGUAUAAUUGAAAAAUGUAGCAAAAACGUCAUCUUUGUGCUUCAUAAAAUGCCCAUAAUCGCAUCUUGCAUGGCUACACAUGAUCUGUGGACAGUUAUCCAUGUCCUCGAUUGCCGCAAUUCUUCUUUCCAUUUCCAUUGCCCUCGUCCUUCUCCACGAUUCUCUGCUAUUCUGUUAUUAUAUAUGUACCCAUUUAUAUUCCACUUCCUUGUAUCCACCUCCCUCGCCGAUCUCACUCAUUUAUCUUUGCAACAAUGGCCAAUAAUCCUCUUAGAGUCCUCGUCACCGGUGCUGCUGGGCAAAUUGGUUAUGCAAUUGUUCCAAUGAUUGCAAGAGGGGUCAUGCUAGGCCCUGAUCAGCCAGUAAUUCUGCACAUGCUUGAUAUUGAGCCUGCAGCUGAGGCUUUGAACGGUGUAAGAAUGGAAUUAAUAGAUGCUGCCUUUCCUCUGCUAAAGGGUGUUGUUGCUACAACCGAUGCUGUUGAAGCGUGUAAGGGGGUCAAUAUUGCAGUUAUGGUUGGUGGUUUUCCUCGAAAGGAGGGCAUGGAGAGGAAGGAUGUGAUGUCGAAAAAUGUCUCCAUUUACAAAGCACAGGCUUCAGCCUUGGAGAAGCAUGCUGCUCCAGAUUGCAAGGUAUUAGUGGUGGCCAACCCAGCCAACACAAAUGCUCUCAUCUUGAAAGAGUUUGCACCUUCAAUCCCGGAGAAGAACAUCACAUGUCUUACACGAUUGGAUCAUAACCGAGCAUUAGGCCAAAUCUCUGAGAGGCUAAAGGUGCAAGUUAGUGAUGUGUCGAAUGUCAUUAUCUGGGGCAAUCACUCUUCUACACAGUACCCAGAUGUCAAUCAUGCAAAAGUCACCACUAGCAGUGGAGAGAAACCAGUUCGAGAAUUGGUUGCAGAUGAUCAGUGGUUGAAUACCGAGUUUAUUAGCACCGUACAGCAGCGUGGUGCUGCCAUUAUAAAGGCUCGAAAACUUUCUAGUGCACUGUCUGCUGCCAGUGCUGCUUGUGAUCAUAUAAACAACUGGGUUCUGGGGACCCGCAAGGGAACUUGGGUUUCCAUGGGAGUGUACUCCGAUGGUUCUUAUGGUAUAGAACGUGGUCUUAUCUACUCCUUUCCAGUCACAUGUGAGAAGGGAGAAUGGUCAAUCGUCCAGGGGCUGAAGAUUGAUGAGUUUUCAAGAGCGAAGAUGGAUGCAACAGCAAAAGAACUGAUCGAGGAGAAGGCUCUGGCUUAUUCAUGCCUUGGUUGAUAUGGUGUUUGUUUGUGCUAUUUGAGUCGUGGUUUAGCUUCUUCAAUAAGUCGUUUAGUCAUAUAUUAAUUUGGCUUCCUUUCUUCAAUAAGUUCUGGAAAUCGUACAGAAAAUUAUGGGCAGUGUUCAUUAUUUGAUGCGAUCUGAAGUUGGGUGUGUUGUUAUAGGAGGAUCCCAGGACUGCAAAUGCUCUCCUACCUAAUCUACUCCUCUACAGAGUACUUUACUUCCUCAAUUGUAUUCACUUUGAUUGAAUAUACUUUCUAAAUCUCAUUGCCAA